AUGCCACCAGGCUGUAGGGAGGAAACAGGGCCGUGCCACCAGGCUGUAGGGAGGAAACAGGGCCAUGCCACCAGGCUGUAUGGAGUGCCCUAUGAGAUCCACUAUGGGAACCACUAUGGGAACCACUAUGGGAACCACUAUGAGAACCACUAUGGGAACCACUAUGGGAACCACUAUGAGAACCACUAUGGGAACCACUAUGAGAACCACUAUGAGAACCACUAUGAGAACCCCUAUGGGAACCACUAUGAGAACCACUAUGGAAACCACUAUGAGAACCACUAUGGGAACCCCUAUGGGAACCACUAUGAGAACCACUAUGGAAACCACUAUGGGAACCCCUAUGGGAACCCCUAUGAGAACCACUAUGAGAACCCCUAUGGGAACCCCUAUGGGAACCACUAUGAGAACCCCUAUGGAAACCACUAUGGGAACCCCUAUGGGAACCCCUAUGGAAACCACUAUGAGAAGCCCUAUGGGAACCCCUAUGGGAACCCCUAUGGGAACCCCUAUGAGAACCACUAUGAGAACCCCUAUGGGAACCACUAUGGGAACCACUAUGAGAACCCCUAUGGGAACCCCUAUGAGAACCCCUAUGGAAACCGCUAUGAGAACCACUAUGGGAACCACUAUGGGAACCACUAUGGGAACCACUAUGGGAACCCCUUUGAGAACCACUAUGGGAACCACUAUGGGAACCACUAUGGGAACCACUAUGGGAACCCCUUUGAGAACCACUAUGGGAACCACUAUGGGAACCACUAUGAGAAUCACUAUGGGAACCACUAUGGGAACCACUAUGGGAACCACUAUGGGAACCACUAUGGGAACCCAUUUGAGAACCACUAUGGGAACCACUAUGGGAACCACUAUGAGAACCACUAUGAGAACCACUAUGGGAACCCCCUUGAGAACCACUAUGGGAACCACUAUGGGAACCACUAUGGGAACACCAUGAGAACCACUAUGGGAACACCAUGA